AUGCAAGAAGACUCUCUGCCAGAUGCAGGCCCGUCAGAGCAGCUCGAGCAGUCGGCAUGGCCGGCCCCGCCCCAAUACAACUGGUCGGCUUCUCCGGGCGUCAUGACGUCGGUUGACGCUACAAAUCUCAGCUCAGAGGUGCAGGGUUGUUUCUUUCGCAGCGCACGAUGGACGGCAGACGCGAGCUCUGUGCUUACAACGGCAGAGGACCGUGUGCUGAGGGUGUACGAUAUUGUCUACGACGGCGACGCACCUUGCUUUUCAACUGCACGCGAGUUGCCUCAACCUGAUGCUAUCAAUGCUGCACUGUGGUACCCAUCAGCGUCAGCCCAUGCUCCCGAGACCUUUUGCUUUGUAGCCAGCACUCGAGACUCGCCAGUGCGGCUGGUUGACGCUGGCGAUGGACGAAUACGCGCUUCGUACCCCAUUGUGGAUCAUCGAGAACGCUUCAUCUCGCCUCAUAGCUUUGCGUUCAACACCACGGCCACUAAACUGUAUUGUGGCUUUGAGAACGCCAUCGAGGUCCUGGACAUUGCCAGCCCAGGCUACCACAACUCGGACCGGCUAAAGAUGGGCCUUACUCGAAAGGAGAAGGGUGGUCAGAAAGGUAUCAUCUCGGCUCUGGCAUUCAGCCAACACAUGCCUGGUGCCUUCGCCGCAGGAUCGUUCAGUGGCUCGGUCGUCCUUUACGACGAGGACACCGGUAACCGAGCCGCAGGCCACUUGUACGGUGUCGAGGGUGGAGGCGUGACUCAGCUCGUGUACCAUCCCUUGGACCCCAAUACGAUCUUUGUCGCCUCGAGGAGGUCGGAUUCGUUACAGGCGUAUGAUCUUAGGGACACGUCGCAGCCCGUUGCACGCCUGGAGCGACCAACGUCGACCAACCAGCGGAUUUGGUUUGAUGUGGAUCCAUGGGGACGCUGGCUGGCGUCUGGAGAUGAGAACGGCACAGUGCGGAUCUGGGAUAUCGGGUCGCCCUCGUACGAUGCCGUUGCGGACCUCAAGCUUCACAAUGACGCCGUCAACUCUGUCCAGUUUCAUCCCUUCAAGCCACUCCUUCUCACCUCGGCUGGAUCGCGAGCCUUCCUCCAGAGCGAGGACCUCGAGUUGUCAUCUGACGAGUCCGACUCGGACUCGGACUCGAACGACGAGCCAGCACCCAUCUCAAUCAAAACGGGACCCAAGGACAGCCGCAUGGCCAUCUGGUCCAUGGCAGCAUAA